CAGUCCUCUUUCGUUGAGUGAAAUGUCGAGAAACGCGUCGAUGGAUCAAGUUGUCUCCCACGACGACACGAUCGAUGACGAGGAGGAGUCAUUCUUCCAAGACAUCGACAUGCUUCAAAACCAUGGCAUUAAUGUGGCUGACAUCAAGAAACUAAAACAAGUCGGAAUAUGCACAAUCAAAGGCAUCCAAAUGACAACGCGCAAGCGACUGGGAAACAUCAAGGGCAUCUCAGAAGCAAAAGUGGACAAAAUAAAGGAAGCUGCUCAGAAACUAUGCGAUCCCGGAUUCCAGACAGCGUUUGAGUACAGUGAAAGACGAAGGCAGUGUUUUCGAGUUUCGACCGGCAGCGAAGAAUUAGACAAAUUGCUCGGAGGAGGUAUCGAAAGCAUGGCUAUCACAGAAGUCUUCGGAGAGUUCAGAACGGGAAAAACUCAACUGUCUCACACACUCUGCGUCUCUGCUCAGCUGCCAGGAGCGCACGGAUACUCUGGAGGAAAAGUUGUAUUCAUCGACACAGAAAACACUUUUCGUCCAGACAGGUUGCGACCGAUUGCCGACCGCUUCAAUCUCGACCACAACGCCAUGUUAGACAACGUCCUUUACGCAAGAGCCUACACGAGCGAACACCAAAGCGAAUUGCUCGACUACGUAGCGGCAAAAUUCCACGAAGAAGCAGGAAUGUUCAAGCUACUGAUUAUCGACUCUAUCAUGGCGCUCUUCAGGGUUGACUUCAGCGGAAGAGGAGAACUCUCAGAGAGACAGCAGAAGUUGGGGCAACUACUCUCACGACUACAAAAAAUUUCGGAAGAGUACAACGUCGCUGUCUUCAUCACCAAUCAGAUGACAGCCGACCCUGGAGCAACAAUGAGCUUUCAAGCAGACCCCAAAAAACCCAUUGGUGGUCACAUCCUAGCUCACGCGUCUACAACUAGAGUCAGCCUGCGGAAAGGACGGGGAGAAGUCAGAAUUGCCAAGAUCUAUGACAGCCCCGACAUGCCAGAAAAUGAGGCCACAUUUGCCAUCACUAACGGAGGCAUAGCCGACGCUAAAGAAUAGAGAGAGGAGAUUCGAACAUGACUGCUGAGUGACACUAUAGUCAACUGCAAUAUAUCAGUGACUCGUAGCCACACCCAAUCACAAAAUACAAAACA